AUGAUGUUGGACUACGACUCUAACUACCAAUAUCAAGGUGCCGGAAACGAGUACCUACCCGCACCCGAUAACGAUACCAAUAUAGUUGGUAGCAACGAAAUAUGUGAUCCUUCACAAAUAUAUGCUGGAGCUACUCUAGCUCCUGCGGUGAGCCUCAACAACACCGGUGUAAAUACAAAUGAAAUUUAUACAGAUCCGCAGUAUGUACCACAGUCGAUGUAUUAUCAGUCCAUAGGUGCUCAGAUUUAUCCUGGGGAGGCCGCUACUGCCAGCUUAGGGCGUGUUGGACAGUCUUUCACACCGUUGCAACAACAUCAGCAGCUAUUACAACAGGAACAUCUCUCUCACCCUGCGCAGCAGCUUCAACAACCGCUGCAAGUGCAGCAAGCCACACAGCAGCAGUUGCAGCAACAAGUGCCACAGCAACAAGUACCACAACUGCAACAACAGCAGCAGCAGCAGCAGCAGCAGCAGCAGCAGCAGCAACAUCAACAACAGCAACAGCCAUACCUGCCAUACCCUACAUCUCAACCACAACAGCACCAACGCCACCAGCAUCAACAACAUCCUUUCCAGCAACAGCAGCAACAACAGCAAGUCUUUUAUUCGUACCCUUCCCACCAACAGCCAGGGAGCACUCCAACUCCCGGCCAAGUAAACCAUUUGAUGGCCAAUCAACCAGCAGCAGGGGGAUUCGCAACACAUCCAACCAUAGCUAAUUCUCUCUCGUAUGACGUCUACACAAGACCGGAGCCUUACUACGCAGCUUAUCCAUACCUGGAUGGUGCUGUUUCGGAAGCUUUGAACAGCCAGUCUCCGCCGAUAUCUGAGCCAUCUCCUAGAAUGUCUGCUGCAAAACACUCUCUGUUGGGACAAGGUUCGACCACCUUUUCAUCAAUUUCUUCUUCUUCUUCUGGCCACAUGUUUAAUGGAACUCCACCAUCAUCGGGCUCUUUGAUGAAUUCAGGAAUCUCUCCUUCGUCGAAGGACGUCGGCUACUCCCAAAACUUCGCACGGCCUUCGAUAAUGGCACAGUUGCGAAGUAAUCCCUGUCUCUGGGAACAAAUAACUAGCAAUAUCGGUAGUGGUAGCGGAAACAGCCUCUCUCCAAAGAAAGGCUCUUAUAAAUGCUCACAUUGCACAGAUACAUUUACCGGUUUGUAUGAGUUGGUCGAACAUUUGGAUAAAUAUGAGAUUCGCAGGGGCCAUUUCUGUCCCGUUGAAGAUUGCCCCUGGAGCGUCAUAGGGCUUGCCAGAAAGGCAGAACUCCGUAGACAUUGUGUGCUGCAGCAUUUCCUUCGUGGAAAAUUGAAGGAUCUGGCUGAUCAGGCAAUACGACCAGAUUCUCGCCUGAAGAUGGUGAAGUUGCUUUACUCGUGCAACAAAUCCAAUUGUGGGAAGCACUUUUAUCGUAAGGAUUCCCUCCAGAGGCACCAGAGAUUGGUUCAUGAAAAUAAGGAUAGUAAAUUUAACAGGAAGUGGGGCAAAUUAGGCUUAGGUCAAAUGGGAGAGAAAGGGCCCUACCAAAUAGAUUCUGUAUACAACUAG